UGCAACUUCAUUCUGCUGAAAGGCUCUUGCGAAGCCACCGCUAUCUCGAAUCGAUGCACUUCGACAUGGAUUCGCGUCUUGGAUUUUCCAGACACGCGUACGCGUACAGAAUGCUUUAGAUCUAACGAGAAUCGCCUUCGAUAUAUCUUGGAUCAUACAAUUGCAUUUGUAAGGAAAAAAUCACAUUUGAGUCUAAGAAAUCUAUGGCCAAUAUUUAUAAUCGGUUCUUAUAUUUAUAAGAUUGUGUAAAGUACAGUCUUAAUUAAGAUGUUAUGAACUAAUUAGAAAGCCGCAUUAGCAUUUUAAAACAUACUUAAGACGAUUUUAAAAUAAGAACCGACUAUGAAUGCAUGGUUUAUAAAGAAACAGGUGAUUUUGUUACGAUCCGCAACACCAUGAGUGCAAUCGGUACAAUAAAAUUGCUGUCAGGAAUUGGAAGCGUGGCUCGGAUUCGCUUCAUUUAUUUUCACGAGAAUUGACACGAGAUCCUUUCACACGUGUUCGCUAGAGAACGAAACCCGGAAAUAACUGCAAGGCAUUUUUCUUUUGUUUGAGAGGAAAUCGGUUGAGAGGAAAUCUUGAUUGCUGUACAAUCGAUUGCUGCGAAUCCACCCUUCACGGCUGCUGAAUAAAAUUCGAGGAUUGAGAGAAUUUAUUUAUUUUCAUCUCGUGCCUCCGAGGGGCGCGUUUGGAUUGCGCAUUGCUCCGUGGGACUGUAUCAACCCCUAUAUAAGGCUGAAUCCUUCCUCGCGAAAGUUUAGAUGUGGCUCAACGGGCGAUCUGACGUGUGAUCUCUUUUCCGUUUUCUUUUUUUAUUUUCAACUUGACACAACUUGCACCACCACUCACGUGUGCAGAUUAUCUCUUCCUCUCUCCCCCCAAUUCAAGAGAAUUUUUCAUCGUUAUGUUCACGAAGCUUAGGUUAUUCGUGCUGUCGGUUGUUGUUGCUUCGCAAGUGUCGUGGCUCGUGAGUGUACCGCGCGUGGAUUACGGAAAUCCUCUGCGGGUGUAUAACGUGGGCGUACUUAUGGCAUCCCAUCUUGACAGCCCGUUUGAUCUUGAGCGAUGUGGUCCAGCUGUCGAUCUGGCUUUGGAAGAAGUGAACGAAUUCCUGAAAGUUCACAACGUGCAGCUGCGCAAAGUCCAAGGAAGCUAUCCGACCUGCAGCGGAGCGAGGGCACCCGGUUUAGCAGCGGACAUGCAUUUUCGUGACAACGUCAUCGCAUUCGUUGGACCGGCUUGCGCCUUCGCCCUGGAACCUGUGGCACGUCUCGCAGCCUACUGGAACAGUCCAAUUAUCACCGGCAUGGGUGAUCAACCUCCCUCGGAAGGCGAACUGUCGGUCACGUCCGGUAUCCUUGGAAGGAUCCAUAAAUGGAAGAAUGAAACGUCGGGAAUUUUUAAAGACAAAAGCAAGUAUCCCACUUUAACGAGGAUGUCGUACUGCCAGUGCCGAUUGCGGCUCCUCGCGCUUAUACUGGACAGGUCGGACUUGUUUUCGCUGACGGUAGGGAAGAAUCUGGAGUACGGUCUGCAUAAGGAUGGACUUUUAAAAUUCGUAAGGGAGUUAGACGGAAACUCCGAGGACGAGUCAUAUCACCUUUACCUGCGCGACGCGAGCAUGUACGCUAGAAUUGUGAUACUCAGCGUUCGCGGAACGCUCGUCAGAAGAUUUAUGCUGGCUGCCCACGAAUUAGGAAUGACAAGAGGGGAUUGGGCUUUUUUCGAUGUCGAGAUAUUUCACGGUUCGUACUGGGGCGAUCAUGACUGGGAGGUUGGGGAUGAGGACGAUGCCACUGCCAGGAAGGCUUACGAGGCUUUACUGAGGGUGUCUCUUCUUCAACCGACUAGCCCACGAUUUCAAGAUUUCGCCGAUAACGUCAAGCAUCGUGCGCAAACCAAUUACAAUUAUUCAUUUUUAGAGGACGAAGAAGUGAAUUUCUUCGUCGGAGCAUUUUACGAUGGUGUUUACUUGUUAGGAAUCGCGUUGAACGAGACCUUGGCCGAAGAUGGAGAUAUAAGGGACGGCAUAUCUAUAACGAGAAAAAUGUGGGACCGAAACUUUAUGGGCAUUACAGGUCACGUCAGGAUAGAUGACAAUGGGGAUCGUGACGCGGAUUACAGCAUUCUUGAUUUAGAUCCCAUUACCGGAAGAUUCGAAGUAGUUGCUCAUUAUUUAGGAUUAAAUCGAGAAUAUAGCCCUAUGACUGGCAAGAAGAUCCAUUGGCCAGGUGGAAGGGAAGGACCCCCGCUAGAUAUUCCGGAGUGUGGUUUUUUAGGAAAUGAUCCGGAUUGCACGUCAAGAAGAGAAGCUUAUACGUUUGUAGCUUACACAGGCAUAGCGCUCGCUGUGUUUCUACUAAUUGCGAUUACAGCCGCGUGUCUAUUAUACAGACAUUUGCGGUUAUCUGCCGAUCUCAAUAAUAUGUCCUGGCGUGUGAGACCUGAGGAAUUGCUUCUAGAAGUUGGGAAGCAAUUCUCAUCGAAGAUAAAUCUACACCAAGCGAUAUCCGACGCAAACAAUUACGGAUUGGAACAGAGGAUACGUCGCGGUUCGCAGAUUAGUUGCGAAUCAUUGCCGCCAACGACGGUUUUUACCACUAUUGGGAUAUACAAGGGUGAGAGAGUAGCUAUCAAGAAGGUCACGAAGAAGAAAGUAGUCGAUGUGACAAAGAAAUUGCUUUGGGAAAUCAAACAGGUCAGGGACGUCACGUCAGAAAACACCGUGAGAUUUAUCGGGGCUUGCCUCUGUUCGCCAUCACCGACUGUCUUAAUUCUUACCGAAUAUUGUCCUCGAGGAUCGUUGAAGGAUGUUCUGGAAAAUGAAGCAAUUAAGUUGGAUUGGAAUUUUCGAAUGUCCCUGAUCCACGAUAUCGUCAAGGGAAUGUCUUAUCUUCAUGCCAGCGAGGUUUCCGCCCAUGGAAAAUUACGAUCAUGUAAUUGCCUAAUCGACGGUCGUUUCGUAUUAAAAAUUUCGGAUUUCGGUCUCAAAACUCUCACCACACCUUCCGAAUUGAUUAUGGACGAGAGUUAUUACAUCAAAUUACUUUGGAUCGCUCCGGAACUCCUGCCAUUAACGAUAACACCCGGAAGCGCCGCGACGCAGAAGGGCGACGUUUACAGUUUCGCAAUUAUCCUGGAGGAGAUAGUGGUCCGCGGUGGUCCGUACGAGAUAACUAGGACUUUUAUGACGGCGCAAGAGAUCGUGAACAGAGUAUCAGCGUCGGAGAAUCCUCCUUUAAGGCCGGAAGUCACGCCGAAGGACUGUCCGCCGGAUAUACUCUCAUUGAUGGAGAAGUGUUGGCACGAAGUUCCUGACGAACGACCCAGCUUUCACACCAUUCGCGGCAUAAUACGAGGAAUCAUGAAAGGAUAUUGCGAGAAUUUAAUGGACGAUCUACUACGGCGAAUGGAGCAAUACGCCAACAACUUGGAGGCGCUCGUCGAGGAGAAGACCGAACAAUUGAGUUUGGAGAAGCGUCGCAGCGAGGAAUUGCUAUACCAGGUGCUUCCGAGACAAGUCGCCGGUCAGUUAAUGGCUGGGGAGAUGGUGCAACCAGAGCAGUUUGAAUGCGUCACUAUCUAUUUCAGCGAUAUCGUUGGUUUCACGGCGCUAUGCGCGCAGAGUACACCUAUGGAGGUCGUGGAUUUCCUGAAUGAUUUGUACAGUACCUUCGACAGUAUUAUUGGAUUCUACGACGUUUAUAAGGUGGAAACAAUAGGAGACGCAUAUAUGGUAGCGUCUGGUCUUCCAGAGAGAAAUGGUGACGAACAUGCGAGGGAGAUUGGACUGAUGGCUUUGGCGAUUUUAGACGCCGUCAGAUCGUUCACCAUAAUACACAAGCAAAAUACUCAAUUGAGCGUACGGAUCGGCGUACACAGUGGUCCAGUUUGCGCUGGAGUGGUGGGUCAGAAGAUGCCGCAUUAUUGCCUCUUCGGCGACACCGUGAACACGGCGUCUCGAAUGGAAUCCUCCGGUCUUCCUUUGAGAAUACACGUCUCCAAAACGACGAAGAAUAUCUUGGACAAGUUCGGGACAUUCGAUCUUGAGCUUAGAGGAGAGGUGGAGUUGAAGGGAAAGGGUAGAGUGACAUCUUACUGGUUGACCGGUUGUUCGGAACCUGAUUCUAGAUUGGUCGUGCCGAAAUAUCGCAGGCUUAGUAGCAGCCAACUUGAGAACAAUCUCAAUCCAUUAAUCUUUCCACCGAAUAAUACAAAUGGCUCAAAAACAAGCAACAACACCUUCAUCAACUUGGCGGAAUUAUCAUAAUUAAUAUUUAGCUCUUUUUUAGGAUAAAAAGAUAAAAAGAUUGCAAUUGAAAAUUAUAGAGAAAAAAAUAUCCAAUGUGGUACACGCGUCACAAAUUAGAAAAGUAAGAAUGAUCAUAGAGACACUACUUUUUGUUCGAUACUGUUUUUCGAUGUAUAAAAACGAUAUAACACUACAUUAAUGUGAAUUGGAUGUAAUAAAGUAGUUUUAGUCAUAUUACAAUUAUAACUUUUAUUCGGAAUUUUACAUCAAUAGCAUUUUAUUUAUUUAAAUAAAAGAAAUACGAUAGGCUCUUCAUGGACAGGGGUAUGUAUAGUAAAUUAAUUAGCUAAGAUACUGAUCAUUUAGCUUUUAACCUUGGGGUAUAA